GUGUGUCCCGCAGGGCUGGUGGCUGCCAUCCCGCCUCCGCUCUGCUGGAACGCUUUGCUCGCGGCACUAUCUCUCCAUAAAGUUGUUGUUGCGGCUUCCGCCGCGGGUGGAGGAAGAUGGCGUCGGGUGGUGGUGGCUGUAGCGCUUCGGAAAGACUCCCUCCCCCCUUCCCCAGCCUGGAACCGGAGUUCGAGGGGGCGACAGGGGGGUCGGAACCCGAGGCGGGGGACAGUGACACCGAGGGGGAGGAUAUUUUCACCGGCGCCGCGGCGGCCAGUAAGCCCCAGUCUCCAAAGAGAAUUGCUUCCCUUCUUCCCAUCAACAAUGGCUCCAAAGAAAACGGUAUCCAUGAGGAACAAGACCAAGAGCCACAGGAUCUCUUUGCAGAUGCCACAGUGGAGCUAUCCUUGGACAGCACACAAAAUAAUCAGAAGAAGCUGCCAGCCAAAACGCUCAUUUCUCUUCCUCCACAGGAAGCCACAAAUUCUUCUAAGCUCCAGCCAAGCUAUGAGGAGCUAGAGGAAGAAGAACAGGAAGACCAGUUUGAUUUGACAGUCGGCAUAACUGAUCCUGAGAAAAUAGGGGAUGGUAUGAAUGCCUAUGUGGCCUACAAAGUUACAACACAGACGAGCUUACCAAUGUUCAGAAGUAAACAGUUUUCAGUGAAAAGAAGAUUUAGUGACUUUCUGGGUCUUUACGAGAAGCUUUCAGAGAAACACUCCCAGAAUGGCUUUAUUGUCCCUCCUCCACCAGAGAAAAGCCUAAUAGGAAUGACGAAAGUAAAAGUUGGGAAGGAAGAUUCUUCUUCUGCAGAGUUUCUUGAAAAACGGAGGGCUGCCCUAGAAAGGUACCUUCAGAGGAUUGUGAAUCAUCCUACCAUGGUACAGGACCCUGAUGUCAGGGAGUUCUUGGAAAAAGAGGAGCUGCCACGCGCCGUGGGUACCCAGACGUUGAGUGGCGCUGGUCUCCUCAAGAUGUUCAACAAAGCCACAGAUGCGGUCAGCAAAAUGACCAUCAAGAUGAAUGAAUCAGACAUUUGGUUUGAGGAGAAGCUCCAGGAGGUAGAAUGUGAGGAGCAGCGCUUACGCAAACUGCAUGCCGUUGUAGAAACUCUAGUCAACCACAGAAAAGAGCUAGCGCUGAACACAGCCCAGUUUGCAAAGAGUCUUGCCAUGCUCGGGAGCUCUGAGGACAACACAGCCUUGUCACGGGCACUCUCCCAGCUGGCUGAGGUGGAAGAGAAGAUUGAGCAGCUCCACCAGGAACAGGCCAACAACGACUUCUUCCUCCUUGCCGAGCUCCUAAGUGACUACAUUCGCCUCCUGGCCAUAGUCCGCGCCGCCUUUGACCAGCGCAUGAAGACGUGGCAGCGCUGGCAGGACGCUCAAGCCACACUGCAGAAGAAGCGGGAGGCCGAGGCUCGGCUGCUGUGGGCCAACAAGCCUGACAAGCUGCAGCAGGCCAAGGACGAGAUCAUAGAGUGGGAGUCUCGGGUGACCCAGUAUGAAAGGGACUUUGAAAGGAUUUCAACUGUGGUCCGAAAAGAAGUGAUACGGUUUGAGAAAGAGAAAUCCAAGGACUUCAAAAACCACGUGAUCAAGUACCUUGAAACACUCCUGUAUUCACAGCAGCAGCUGGCAAAGUACUGGGAAGCCUUCCUUCCUGAGGCAAAGGCCAUCUCCUAACGGACUGAGGACACCAGAGCCCACCUGCCUGACGCUGCCUUUUUAUACACUGUCCUCCUCCACCUCUGCUGGACCCCAGUGUGCAUCCUGCCUAGCCUGGACCUCACCCCUUCCUCCCUGCCCCAUGACCAAACUGUCCCCAGCCACUCUAACAUCACUUCAGUUAGCUUCCAUAUAUAUUUUCUUACCUGAGAGAAUAGUUUCUUGCUUUAAGCAAAAGACCUAUAAUAGGUGGUGGAAUUAUGGGAUGGGGUGGAGUAUUGAUAUAAAUAUAUAAAUACAAAUGUAUAUUUUUCAGGAUGUGGUUAGUGAACUGGGAAUAACGUUUUCUGUUACUCCUGACGGUGCCAUGAAAAGAUUAUGUAAUAAAAUACUUUAAAAUCAGGUCACAUGACUCAGAAUGGUGGUGCUUUUUGCUUUAGGCUGGGGAGCAGUUGGGAAGCAGGUCUGGAAUACUCCUAACCAAGAAGUUGCCAGGGUGUUGCCAGGUAUAGUAAGUUCCUCUCCACAGGAGAUCACAAAGAAGCUUUGGCUGCUGCUUCUCUGUGGAACUGGAGUUUCUUUUUCUCUACCUCAGCUACCUGUUCUGAGGGUCUCUUGAUCUGGUUAACUCUUAUUCCUACUUCUUGAGGGAAGGAGUUUUAAAGACAUUUCUUACAAUAAGAGCAGCAAAACCAAUUCUCCUGCAAAGGAGGCCGACUCUUUUAUUCCUGCCUUGUUUCCCUUAGCUGCCCAGGCCUCUCAGAGUCUUGCCUUCUGAUAGCAAAGCCUUGUGUUCCGAACUUCUUUUUGCUGCCCAUCCAAACACGUCCUCGGUAGACUGGUUUGUGGUAAAAGGGUAAGGGACUGAUAAAGACUUAAAGCUUUAUCCCCAUAGACAGCAGAACCAGGCACUCAGCCCCUAGAUUAAGUCACCCAAGAGUUCCUAAACCUUCUGAGUUCCAGGAAGCUUUAUUAUCCAUGCCCAGGAGCACAUGCCAGCAAAAGGCCCAAGUGUCAUCAGCGCAUGCUGAGAGCACUCAAAGGGGUCUCUGUGCAGCCUGGCCAGGGCGGCCCAGUCUCAGAUGUGCCAUUGCCGGGCUUCCCCUCAGCUGCGUCCCCAGCUGCCUAGGCUCGCUGGUUGGAGCAGACUAUGGAGCUGCUCUGUGGGGCUGGGCUGGCAAACUGCCUGCCCCGGGAACCUCGCCACCCCUAGCCCACCACCCCCAGAGAUGCCCUGCUGAGGCACUGCAGGCCUUCUCUGUCAUUUCUCUCUGGUUGGGGCUUAAGGUUGGGGAGGGACAGCCUGAGGCAAGAGGAGAUGGUAAACAGCCCUGGUUUCCAGUAUACCAGUCUGAUGGCAAGUGCCUGACGUGCCUGUGCUGGCAAGUGUUUUUUUCAACAUGUUGGUUUUUUGUUUUGUUUUGUUUUUGGAAAAAGCCACUGAACUCCCUCUAAUAUCCUAAUAUCCUUAUUACCACCUUUGAUUUUAUCCUUCCAGUCUUAUAUGCUUGCUUUGCAGAGUUGUAAUAAUAUACAUAUGGAAUACUUGGUAUCCUGCUUUUAUCAUUCAACACUGUAUAAGUUAUAAGCAUUUUUUUUCUAUUUUGUUAUGUAUUCUCACAGACUAUAUUUAUAAGGCUGGGUAAUUUUAAGGCUUUCAGAGAGUGACUGUACCAUAAUUCUGACUCAUCCCUUGUUGUUGGAUUCCUGGUUUGUUUGGUAACUUUUAAAAUUUUACUACAAUUUUAAAUUUACAGAAAUAUCAUAGAGAAUUCUCAUAUAUCUUUUACCCACAUUUACCGAGUGUUUCAUUUUAUCCCAUUUACUUUACAUUUACUUUAUGACUUAUGAUUUGCUAUGUCUAUAUCUACAUGUUGUAUUUUCUAAAUCAUUUGAGAGUAAGUUGCAGACAUUAUGCCCUUUAGUCCCAAAAGUUCAGUAUGCAUUCCUUAAGAAUAGGGACAUUUUGGAGUUUGAGUCAUGGCUCAGUGGUAAGGAACAUGACUAGUGUCCAUGAGGACAUGGGUUCAAUCUCUGGCCUUGUUCAGGUUAAGGAUCCAGCAUUGCCAUGAGUGAGCUGUGGGGUAGGUCACAGACGCAGCUCAGAUCUGGCCUUGCUGUGGCUGUGGUGUAGGCUGGUGGCUAUAGCUCCAGUUAGACCCCUAGCCUAGAAACCUCCAUAUGCCGCUGGUGCGGCCCUAAAAAGCAAAAACAAACAAACAAACAAAAAACUGGACCUUUUCUCAUAACUUAAAACCAUAAGCAUACUUAUCAAAAUCAGGAAAUGUAACCCUGCUCUAAUAUUUUGUAGAUUGUCCCAGUAACUUUAUAGUGAUACCCCUUUUCCUGGUGCAGAAUCAUGUGUUACAUUUCAUUGUGAUGCCUGAUUACGUAUGUCUCUUUUAGUCCAGAAGAGUUUCUAAACCUUUCCCUGCCUUCCAUCACUUUGGCAUUUUUGAAGAGUACACCAGGUGUUUUGUAGAAUGUACCUUAAUUUGGAUUGGUCUCAUGGUUCCACAAGGCUUGCUUAGGGUUUUGCACAUGGGCAGGAACAUCACAGAAGUGAUGCGUCCUCAGUGCAUACUAAGUCAGCAUGUAAUGUUAGUUGGUCCCAUUAAUGCUGAUGUUAACUCUGAUCACUUAGUUAAAUUGAUGUCUGCCAGAUAUUCUGAUAUCAUGUAAGUAUUUUGUUCCUCAUCCAUUGUGAUUUUCUAACUCUGUGUUUCCUUCUACAUUUACUGAUUGGCAUUCUACUUCUAAAGAGAAGCAUCCCUCCUCCCUAUUUACUAAUCUACUUGUUUAUCAAUAUGGACAAAUGGAUUCCUAUUUUACUCAAGGCCACAAGCCAUUGCUUUGAUUUGUUUUGAUUCUUAAACCAUUCCAGAUUUCUAGCAGGCUCCUAUGUAUGUUUAACAUUUCCCCUUUUUUUUUUUUUUUUUUUUUAAACAGUUUGUUACUCUCUGGAGGUUCCCAGGCUAGGGGUCCAAUCAGAGCUACAGCUGCCAGCCUACACCACAGCCACAGCAAUGCCAGAUCUGAGCCGUGUCUGUGACCCACACCACAGCUCACGGCAACACCAGAUCCUUAAUCCACUGAGCGAGGCCAGAAAUCGAACCUGCAACCUCAUGGUUCCUAGUCAGAUUCAUUUCCACUGUGCCACAAUGGGAACUCCUUUCUAGGGAAUCUUGAUUCCUUUGAAUGGAGAAGGAUAUUUAGAAACCAAGAUCUGGGUGCUGAGUGUGCCCAUUGCUGCUGGAGUAUUAUUGCUUCUAGGCUCUUGGCAAACAGCAAGGAAAUAGAUAUUGCUAAAGAUAUAUAUAUAUGGAAAUGUCAAGAGAGAUGGAGAUAGAUGUUAUAAGAAGGAAUCAGAUAUUAAAAAUCAUGAAUUCACACUGGUAUUUCCAGUCUAGCCCCAUAGGGUUUAUUCUCUUCUUCUCCCUUUUCCGUGUUUGUUAACCCUCUUCUCCAAAAAAAAAAUUAAUUUUAAAACUUUCUCCUUGUUUUGUUAUGUUCCAUCCAGUGAUCAUCUUGAUGUAAGACUGUUGUUAUUUCCUUAGGAUGCACUCUACUUUCAGAACUUCCUCCUCAGCCUCCUGUAUCCCGAGGCUAACAGGGACAGCUGUCUUCAGGGCUUGUGCAUUUCUGUGCAGAGCUUGCAGACCUGGAAGUUAGGAAGGCCAGUAGCAGGUUCAGCAAGCGUACUGAGCCAGAGGCCCAUCCGGGGGAAUAGCGCCACAAAAGAGGAGUCAUUCCACCUGGGGACUCGCGAGGAAGAAAUUGCAGAAAGGGAUGCUUGAACUGUGUCUUAAAGGUGAGGAGGGGUUUGCUUUUUCCUCUGGGACCACUCUGCCUCCCUAUGUGGUGGCAGUGGGUGACCCAUGGGGAGUGAUGAGCAGGAGCUGGGUCACGCAGAGCCUGUGACCUGGGGAACACUUUGAACACUACCCUGCAAGUGUGGGGAGCUCCAGAAGAGACUCGAGCAGGAAAGAAAACGUGGUCAUAUCUGUGAUGUCGACGUAUCAGAAGGUAUGAGGCUGGCGGCAAGGAGAGCCAGCCAGAGUGUGGAGGAGGGCAGUAGUGAUGGGAAUGGAGCUCAGGGAGACAGGGAGGAGGGAAGCAGAGCCACCGGGGUCUGGUGGCUGAUGAGAGGCCGAAGAGGCAGAGGGAGAGGGCCAUAGCUGGCAUGACCCACAAGCUUCUGAGUAGACUGGAUUUCAGAGUAGACGGUGAAGCCCUUCAUGACGUAGGUAGUACAGGAGGCCAAGUAGGUGUGGAACAGUUGGGCAGAGAAGCAGUAGGGACAGCAAGUGCUGACUGUCACAGAAGAGGCUUCCCUGAAUGGGAAGGGGGGACUGUGCUGAGAGGUGAGGGAGAUAGAGUGAAAGCAGGCUGUGUUUUAUGUAAAAGGUGGGUCAGAGCUAGCAUGUUAAAAUUCACAGGCAAGAAGGGGAGCAGAUGCAAGCGCACUGAGUGGGGAGCCUCACUGCUGGGCUAGGAGGAAAGAUAGGGGUGGGGGCGGAGAGUAAAGGUCCCCUGCUUGGUAAGAAAAGAGGUGUGGAGAUGAGCCUGCAUCUCCCCUCCUUCCCCUCGGGUUAUUUCCUUGAUGAAUCUCUGGGCUCCAGCAUCCUGAAGAUGAGGGCUUAGAACUGAAGGGACCCCAACAUUCAGGAUGAGUAUUCAGUGUCAGAACAAAUGAGAAAAGUAGCAAUGAUAAGACAUGUCACUUACACAUGGAUGUUUGUAACACCGAGCUCUUUCCAGACAAUUUUCAUCUGAAUGCACCUGUAACUGGAGAACCCCAAAGAAAAUAAAGAAUUCCUGUGCACCUCAAAUUUUUUAAGAAGUGAGAAGCUAGUGGGAUCUAAAGAUGGGGCCAGGAACUGGCCCUGAGGUGGUGGGGGUUUUUUUCCCAUCACUUCCUAGGAGCCUGGGUUGUAGGUGGGGGGUGUGGGGAGAGAAGGGGAAAAGGAGGAGAUCCCUCCUGGAACAAGGAAGGACGCAGCUUUGCCACAGCUGGCACCUGCCUGAACUGGGCUCUGUCUGCAGAGUCCCUGGCUGAGGUUCUCGGCUCCACACUGGGGAAGUCAGGCCUGAGCUCAGGAGUUCCAGUGGACUAGAACUCAGCCCUGUCUUCUGGCCCCAGGGCUGAUGCGACAUUGUCUGCCAAUGUCUUGUGACACCAGUUGUGUGGUUUAAUGUGGGUUUUCUCUGCCAAAAGUUAAAAAUCCUGUAAUAGCUGGCCUGGGCCUUAGAGUAUCAAUAAGAGCUCAACUGCUACAAGGAACAGGAGGAGAGGAAGCAGGGACAAAGCACAAAAAGCAAUUUCAGGCAUUAAAAAAAUUUAAGACUGUCAACUCCAAAGUAGAACACCUUUAUAACCCUGUGGCCCCUGAAACGAUCUGGGCUUAAAAUAGGUGCCAAGUAGAUAGCUGUGGAACAAUCCGCAGGUGUGGGCCCUGGAGCCUUUUUGGUCCGUGAGAGGACCCAUCUGCCUCUCCCUGCUUCUCUUUCCUCCACAACAGCACACUCACCUCAGAGAAAUUGGCUCCACACGUGUCCUUCCUUCCUCCCUGCUGUGUGGCCUCAGAAGCCUUAAUGGUGGGCUUUGUACCUGAGACACCCUAGCUCAGCCCUCAUCCCUCUCCUCACUUGUACAAUCACCCCUUUCUGGAACAGGCAGGCUUCACUGUUGUGGAGGAGAGUGGAAGUAAAGAGAUGGUUGGCAUUGGUUGAUGUGUCAGAACAUCCACCGGAGAGCCCCAUAGACCCUUCUAGAACCAAGUCCAUGAACAUGACUUUGCAAAGAGGCCCAUCAGAGCAUUGUUUAUAAUUAUAAAAUUCGAAACCAAUCUAAAUGGACAGCGGGGGCGUUUCCGUCAUGGCGCAGUGGAAACAAACCCGACUAGCAUCCAUGAGGAUGCAGGUUUGAUCCCUGGCGUCACUCAGUGGGUUAAGGAUACGGCGUUGCCGUGAGCUGUGGUGUAGGUCACAGACGUGGCUCGGAUCCUGCGUUGCAGUGGCUCUGGCGUAGGCCGGCGGCUACAGCUCUGAUUCAACCCCUAGCCUGGGAACCUUCAUAUACCAUGGGUGCAGCCCUAAAAAGACAAAAAAUAAAUAAAAGGACAGCAGGAAGGGAUUAAAUGAAUUAUGGUACAUAACACAAUUAGAUGUUAUGCAGUCUUUAAAGAUGAUAUAUAGCUAUAUAUUCAUUGACAAAAAAAAA